UUUUGCCAACCUUAUUGGGUUACCAAGGGGUUUGGGCGGCUAUAAACAAAAAAAUUUUAAGACUGGAAGCAACAUUGUGAGGAUCUUCCCAAGCAAGAAAUCAAAAUGAGUAUCUGAGCUUUGUUGUGGUUCCUGAAGAAACUGGAUGUAAGCACUUAAUAAUGGAGACGCUACAGAGAAUGCAACCAAACAGGCAAGUGGCAGCCUUUAUUUUGAUGUUGUUCUUGUCUCAGACUCUCACAGAGCCUAUUCGUUAUUCUGUGAUGGAGGAAACACAGAGUGGCUCUGUGGUAGCCCAUCUGACUGAGGACCUGGGCCUGGGAAUCGGAGAACUGGCAGCUCGUUUGGCCCGGGUGGUGCCUGACGAUGACAAGCUGCAUUUGCAGCUGGAUCGUCAGACCGGAGAUUUGCUUUUGAGGGAGAAACUAGACCGGGAGGAGCUAUGUGGUGCCACUGAACCAUGUGUACUGCAUUUUCAAGUGUUCCUGGAAACCCCGGUGCAGUUUUUUGAAGGAGAAUUAUCAGUCCAGGAUAUAAAUGACCACUCCCCUGUAUUCCCAAUGAGGGAAAUGCUCUUGAAAAUACCAGAAAACAGCCAGCCAGGCUGUCUGUUUCCUCUUAAAUUAGCUCAAGAUUUGGACGUGGGCAGCAAUGGUCUUCAAAAAUAUACUAUCAGCCCCAACUCUCAUUUUCACGUUGUCACUAGAAAUCAUAGUGAGGGGAAGAAGUACCCAGACUUGGUGCAGGACAAAGCACUGGAUCGAGAGGAGCAACCAGAGUUCAGCUUAACUCUCACUGCGAUGGAUGGUGGGUCUCCGCCAAGAACAGGCACUGUGACUGUGCGAAUCCUGAUCUUGGAUGUUAAUGACAACGCUCCUGAGUUUCUGUAUAGCCCAUAUGAAGUUCAGGUUCUUGAGAACAGUCCUGAGGACUCCUUAAUUCUUACAGUUUUCGCUCGGGAUAUAGAUGAUGGAAACUUUGGGAAUGUUACCUAUGGCUUCUUCCAAGCCUCAGAUGAAAUCAAACAAACUUUCUCAAUAAAUGAAAUAUCAGGAGAAAUCCGACAGAAAAAAAAAUUGGAUUUUGAACAAAUUAAAUCUUACCAGAUAGAAAUUGAGGCUACUGAUGGUGGAGGUCUUUCUGGAAAAGGCACUGUACUCAUAGAGGUGGUAGAUGUGAAUGACAACGCCCCUGAACUGACCAUAUCAUCACUCACAAAUUCCAUCCCAGAAAAUGCUCCAGAGACUGUAGUCUCCAUCUUCCGGGUUCGAGACAGAGACUCUGGAGAAAAUGGAAAGAUGAUUUGCUCCAUUCCAGAUAAUCUACCGUUCAUUUUAAAACCAACUUUCAAGAACUUUUACACUUUGGAAACAGAAAGCCCACUAGACCGAGAGAUUCAGGCAGAGUACGACAUCACCAUCACGGUGACAGACAUGGGCACCCCCAGGCUGCAAACACAGCACACCAUCACAGUGCUGGUGUCCGACGUGAACGACAACGCCCCCGCCUUCAGCCAGCCCUCCUACACCCUGCUGGUGGGCGAGAACAACAGCCCCGCACUGCACAUAGGCAGCGUGAGUGCCAAUGACCCCGACGCGGGCAGCAACGCCCAGGUGACCUACUCGCUGCUGCCUUCCCAAGACCCACAGCUGCCGCUCGCCUCGCUGGUGUCCAUCAACGCCGACAACGGGCAGCUGUUCGCGCUGCGCUCGCUGGACUUCGAGGCCGUGCGCACCUUCGAGUUCGGCGUGGGCGCGUGGGACCGCGGCUCGCCCGCGCUCAGCAGCCAGGCGCGGGUGCGCGUGCUGGUGCUGGACCGCAAUGACAACGCGCCCUUCGUGCUGUACCCGCUGCAGAACGCGUCGGCGCCCUGCAGCGAGCUGGUGCCCAGGGCGGCAGAGGCGGGCUACCUGGUGACCAAGGUGGUGGCGGUGGACAGCGACUCGGGCCAGAACGCCUGGCUGUCUUUCCAGCUGCUCAAGGCCACGGAGCCCGGGCUCUUCAGCGUGUGGGCGCACAAUGGCGAGGUGCGCACUGCGCGGCCGCUCAGCGAACGCGACGCGCCCAAGCACAGGCUGCUGGUGCUGGUCAGGGACAAUGGCGAGCCGCCACUGUCGGCCAGCAUCACGCUGCACGUGCUGCUGGUGGACGGCUUCUCGCAGCCCUUCCUGCCGCUGCCCGACGCGUCGCCAGACGCGCCUCCCGACGACCGCCUCACAGUCUACCUGGUGGUGGCCUUGGCCUGCGUGUCCUCGCUCUUCCUCUUCUCCGUACUGUCCUUCGUGACCGCGCGCCUGUGCAGGCGGGCCGGCCCGCCCGCGGGGGGGCCCUACCCACUGCCUGACGGGCACUUCCCGGGACACCUGCUGGACAUCAGUGGCGCUGGGACCCUGUCGCACAGCUACCAGUACGAGGUGUGCAUGACUGGAGACCCUAGAACUGGUGAGUUCAAAUUCCAGAAGCCAUUAUUCCCCAAUCUGUUGGUUCAGGACACCAAGAAUGAAAUUAAAGAAUCUCCCAGCAGCACAAACAGCUUUGUAUUUAGUUAAGUAAUUGUCAAGUGAACAUUUCCUUGAUUUUGGUCA